AUGGUGAUUGACCCUCAAGAACUAUUGGAGUGCAAGUAUAGUCAUCUUUUAUCUGGCUUAACUGAGGGCAGGGAUGCUCUAGUUAAUGGGCUAAAACUGGUUAAUAUGCGUACCAAGGAAUGUGUUACAGAGACACCAGAGCAGAGUAACACAGCCCAUAUCCAGCAGGUAUUCAUGGAAACACUAGACAAAUGUUUUGAAAAUGUCUGUGAACUGGAUUUAAUUUUCCAUGUAGACAAGGUCCAUAAUAUAUUGGCCAAAAUGGUCAUGGGUGGAAUGGCUUUGGAGACCAACAUGAACAAAAUUGUCACUCAAAUUGAUGCACAAAAUAAAUUGGAGAAAUCUGAGGCUGGUUUAGCAGGAGCUCCAGCCCAGGCUGUUUCAGCUGUAAAGAUUAUGAAUCUGCCAGAGACCCCAAGAAAUAUUCAUAUUGGUGACAUCAGUAUAAAAGUGCCAAACCUGCCCUCUUUUAAAUAA